AAAGAGGAAGUUUUCAGUGUGUUCACAUGCUGCAUCUACAGAGCUCAGCUUGCAGUGUGAGUAGAGGACCUCCGAGAACCCGAUGGACGUCUACCAGGAGGCUGUGUGUUAUCUGGAGUCGCAGCAUGUACCAGUUGAAGCAGAGACUGAAGUCCUGGAGGAGGAUGUGUUCCAGGAGGAGGCAGUGUCCUGUUUGCUCUCUCCUCUCCUCCCUAAGAGCUUAGACUUCCCCGACACCCCUACGUUAAGCAGCCCUGAGGAAAUGCUGGAGAGGAGGCUGGUGGUCCUGAAAGGCAUCCUGGAGAGUGAGGAGGUUUAUCUCAGAGAGCUGGAGGCCCUGCUGAUGCCCAUGAAGGCUCUGCGUGCCUCAGCCGGGACCUCCCAGCCAGUUCUGUCCAGUCAACAGGUCCAGACUGUUUUCUACCAGGUGCCUGAGCUCAGAGACAUGCACCAAAGCUUCUUCUCUGGCCUGAAGGCCCGGCUGAGCGCACACUGCCAGACUGAUCCCAGUUCUGGUGCGAAAGGAGAGAUGAGCUACACAGGCUUUGAGCUGAUGGUGGGGGACCUGUUUCUGAAAAUGGUGAACCAGAUUGGUCUGUACGGUGGUUUCAUCGAAAACUAUGAGAAAGCUGUUGAAGUUGUUCGCAAGUGCACACACUCGGACCCUCGCUUCCGAACCCUGGCCCAGAGCAUGAUGUCUAGUAACAGCUCAGACAAAACUCGGACCACAUACACAUUUGAAGCUCUACUAUACAAGCCUUUGGACAGAGUAACCAAGACCACACUGGUGCUGCGUGAUCUCCUGAACACGACACCAAUGGAACAUGGAGAUUACACAUUAUUACAGGAAGCUUUGCGAUUGUCCCGCAGCUUCCUGUCUGGUGUCAACGAAAGUUCACAGUGCAAACGAGAGGUCACCCUCAGUCACGGCAUGAGACGUCAGCUGAUGCGUGACGGCUUUAUGGUGGAUGUGAGCGAGGGGGAACGCAGCCUGCGUCAUCUCUUCCUUUACACAGACCUCCUGCUGUGCACCAGAUUCAAACAGGCAACCAAAGGGAAGCAGGACCAGUACAGGUUCUGCUGGUAUCUGCCUCUUGCUGGUCUCAAACUUCGCUGGAUUGCAGACCAAGAACGUUCACUAGACGCUAACCUUCGCUUACACACCAUAAGAACCAAGAUGCACCUCCUCCGUCAACAACUACAGCAACACGCAAAGGGGUCCAAGGGCUUGGCUUUAGCCGCUCGUAGCAGGAAGAAACUGGAGCAAUUGGAGCUGAUGCUGCUCACACACUCCCCUGUUUACACACUGGAGCUGCACAGUCCCAGUUGCAAGAGUCACACUCUCCUCCUCUCCUCACUGUAUGAGCUUGAAGAAUGGAGAGAAGCCAUUCACAAACUCACCAUAGACAACAUAGAAACUGUCCCUCCAGACCUGCUCACCCUCACCAGUGCAUGUGUGAAACUGAGAAUGACCCAGCAGCCACCACUUCACAGCACAAACGCUGUAGAGAACGAGGAGUCUUUGUGUGGGACUCUGAGUGUGGCCAUCCACUCUGCCUGUGGCCUGCAGCAACCAGCCUGUGUGUAUGUGUGUGUGGAAGUGGAUGGCUAUGAAUUUUAUGAUAAACAAGCCCAGACACACUCAUCUGUCCACAGCCUUAACCCACAUUGGGACCAGGAACUGUCAUUCCAGGUGGAUGGGGCAAAGCACCUAAGGGUGUUCUGCGUGAGUCAGUCAGAUGGAAAGGAUGAUAUUGUCCUGGGCAAAGCUUCUGUAAAGUUGGAAUCUAAAACCUUGAAUAAGCGAUGGAGGAGACAGACUCUACACCUCGGCCAGGUGGAGGUGACUCUCUCCCUGAAGUACUGUCCCCACCCACUUAAACCACCUAGCUCUACAGCUCAACAACAACAACCUGUCUUCUGUGUCCCCAUUGAAACUGUGGCACAACAGGAGGGAGUGCUGGUCCCACAUGUGGUGCGCUGCUGCGUGGAUGAGGUGGAGAGGAGAGGCAUGGGCGAGGUGGGCAUCUACAGGAUUUCAGGAACCACCAGUGACAUCGCCAUGCUCAAGACUGCAUUUAACAGCAAUCUGCGUGAAGCAGUAACCAGGCUAAGAAGUGCUGAUGUGAAUGCCGUCACUGGUGUUCUCAAACUAUACUUCAGAGAGCUGCCGCAGCCUCUAAUACCCACUGAGAUGUUUCAGAGCCUGGCCAGGAUGCUGAAUAUCCAGGACAUAAACUCCCGGCUUGUGUCCAUGUUGUCCCUGCUGCACUCCUGUCCAGACCCCAACCGCCACACCUUCCUGUACCUCCUGCACCACCUCCAACGAGUCUCUGAAAAGCAAGACGUCAACAGGAUGUCUCGGCAGAACCUGGCUACAGUGUUCGGUCCGAGCCUCAUACGCCCCCCUGUGGUUGGACUGGGGCAGGACGGCCCCACCGUGGAUAUAUCCCAGGAGGUGGUGGUGCAGGUGGGAAUGAAGCAGCGAAAAGUCCAAGUGGUUUUGUGCUACCUGCAGUGCAACAACCUCCCUGAAGCCCAGAUCUCUCUGCCACAUGACACAGACCCUGAAGAUGAGACCACCCACAUGUGAGACCACCAUCAGUGUCACACCUAGCAGGAAAUUCAAAUACUGUGUGUAAAGAAAAAUAUCUGCAUUUGAACUUUAAAACAAAAGUAUUUAUUGAUAAAAAUAUGAACUGCGAUUUUUGUGUGUUUUGUCACUUUUUGCAAACCCAGUUGUAACCUUUUCAGUUUGAAUUAAACCAACGUGAAAAUAUAA